CAGUUUAAUCAUUUCUCUUGACUGACGGUUUUUAAGUAUUUGCUUACAGAUAAAUUUAAGUACCUAUUUUGUUUUUCAAUUGCCAUUAUUACAUGCUAGAAAACAAAUCUUUAUAUAAAUUACGGCAUGACUGAAAUACCUCCUAACUUCGUUAUACCUACGAUUAAUUGGCAGGUACCUACUUUUUUAAUAGUAACUGGCGCAAGUCGUGGUUUAGGAGCAACAAUAGCUAAAGAAUUUUCGAAGAAACUUGUUGAAGGUAGUUAUGUUUUGAUAAUUGCUCGCGAUAAGACUAAGUUAGAUGAUGUAAAAGCUGAAAUUGAAAAGACCAGCGUCGUAUUUGUUGAACGACUCGCAAUGGACUUAAAUUUACUUGAUAGCCCAAGCUAUGAGCAUUGUUUUAGCAAAUAUACCCACUAUAAUUUCAGACAAGCUAUAAUUGUGAACAAUGCAGGUACCUUAGGAGAUAUAUCGAAAACAGCUGUUCAAAAUACAAGUGGACCAGAUAUUAAAAAUUAUUUCGAGGUGAAUCUUCUUUCAGCUAUUUUUAUAACAACUGCAUUUCUGAAUGCAUUUAAAACUGUUGAGCGAAAAAUAGUACUCAACAUUUCUUCCUUGGCUGCUAUUCAACCUUUUAGAGGAUGGAGCUUGUAUUGUACAGGUAAAGCAGCAAGAGAUAUGUACUUUCGUACCUUGGCUGAAGAAGAAAAAGAUAGUGUUGUUGUUUUAAAUUAUGCACCUGGUCCUUUAGUAACAGAUAUGUUGCCUCAGAUCUUGCGAGAUGCUUUGCCAGAGAUUAAGCAACAAUUCCAUGAAGCCCAAAUGCAGAAUAGAUUGCUUACAACUGAGUACACUGUUCAAAGAUUGAUUGGAAUCUUAGACAGAGGGCGAUUCAAAUCAGGGGACCAUGUUGAUGUCUUUGAUGUAAAUUACUAAACUUUUGUAUAUUUUUUGAAUGAAACAUUCUAUUUAGUGCCAUUUUAUAAAUUACAGUUAGUAAUGAAAAAUCAAAAUAAAUGCAUUUAUUUUUUAUUGAAAAUUAAAUUUGUAUUUUAAGACAGAACAAAAAAUGAAAUUCCAUUUACCUUUAUUUUUUGCUAAUAAAAA